AUGGCGGUGACACGGUUGUAUCCAAGUCAUGCGCGGUUUAGGGUGAUGCUAUAUAUAUCCAUGCCAGCUCCAUGCAGCAGCAUCAUGUUGAACUGCUCUAGACCCAAUCCCCCAGCCCUCCUGGAAGCACUGGCUCCGGUGUUGAAACUACAAUCCAUCCGUCCUGUCAUGAACAUCACUACCUACACAAAUGUCCGCAUAUACUUCAUCCUGUAUGGAAUUCUAGGAGUGGAUGAAAAAGCUCAACUCUUGACUACUUAUAUUUGGCUAAAUUUUGAGUGGCAGAAUGAGUUUGUCCACUGGGAUCCCAUCCAGUGUGGCGCUAAAAUGAUCUCCCUCCCCAGAGCCAGCUUUUGGGUGCCGGAUGUGGUGAUCAAUGAAUUUAUGGAUGAUAACACGGCCCCCAAUGUCCCAUAUGUGUAUCUCACUCACGACGGCCAUGUUCGUGAUGCUCAACCUGUCAGAGUGGUCAGCUCCUGCAACCUCAAUAUAUACACCUUCCCCUUUGACAUCCAAAACUGCACUUUCACCUUCAAUUCCUACAUCCACAGUGUGAAGGAUGUGAGGAUGAGCCUAGGGAAGCCAGUAGAGGACAUAUUGGCAUAUUCCAGGAAAGUGAUGACCACCAUGGGGGAGUGGCAGCUGCUGGAUAUCACAUAUCAUAAAUACAUUAUGAGUGAAAAGGACAAGUUUGUUAUAGAUGAGCUUGCAUUUCAUAUCACACUUAGGCGCAGGGCUACUCUCUAUGUGGUGAACCUCCUGAUCCCCAGCUGCUUCCUGAUCACAUUGGACCUCUUCAGCUUCCUGCUGCCCCCCCAGUGUGUUGACCGCUCUUCCAUCAAGAUGACCCUCAUCCUGGGCUACACUGUCUUCCUUCUCAUUAUGAAUGACCUACUACCCAUCACUGGAAACAGCAUUCCUCUCAUAAAUGUGUUCUUCUCUCUCUGCCUGGCUCUGAUGGUGGCCAGUCUUCUGGAGACAAUCCUCAUCACCAACCUCCUCUGUGGCCCCAGAAAACUGUCUGCGGUCCCCCGCUGGGUCCAAGUGAUCAUCCUACAGACCCUGGGCUGUCUCGUAGGCCUGCCUCCAAAGCUGGAAGAACAAAGGAACACUGAAACGAAGGUUUUCCCUGUAGUGGCAGUGCAAGGCGAGUCUGGUGAAAAACCAUCUGAGGAGAAGGGCUCAGAGGAGGUGGACAUGACCCUGGAAGAGCUGAGGAAACUGGGAAAAGACCUUCAGGCCAUCCGCCUCCAGAUGGACAAACCCCUGACAGACAACCAGAUGUCCGAGGAAUGGAUCCAGGUCGGUUUCGUCUUAGAUCGCCUGCUCUUUGUCCUAUACAUCCUCUUUGUGUCAAUCAGCUUCAUUACCAUCAUCUGUGUCUGGGCACAGUCAUACGACACAAUCUGA